UAACCCAGUAGAAUUAAACAAAACGAAAGACCCUGGCAACAUUUUGUCUGGAUUUUGCAAUGACGUGAUUAACUUUGAGCCUUUUGUUUUCCGGUAUGAACGGGGGCCCAGUUUAAGCGUGAUUGCUGUUGCCUACUUUUUAAAUUACUCACAGUGCGAUGUUAUCCUUCAUUACCUCGCCUCUCUCUCAUUUACUGAAAUGGCUGCCUCUGGGUGCAAGUCCACUGGAUGGUUUACUUCAAGGGCUGGUGGGGGCGUGUGGGAUCUCGGUGCUGGGUAACCUGAUGAGAGUACACUUAUUUGUGGAGGCUGAGAGCGAUGAAAACGGUGGUAAACAGUGGACACCCGCACGCCGAAGCCAAGCUAAAACCGGAUUGGGUGGAGCGCUCUGGUUUUUUCUUGUGAUGGGGCUGCUGGCUGUGGUGGGCUCACGAGUGGCCUCCCUGGUGGUCCUAGAGUUUUGUCUUCGAGCGGCCUCUGCAUGGUUAACAGCUGGACCACAGCGAAGGAGAUUUGUGCAGCAGCUGCUAGUCCAGUGCCAGUUCUCUCUCGGCUGUGCCCUGAGCUGCAGUCUACACUUUCUCCAUGAAGGGGCGCCCCAGCGUUGGCUGUGCCUGCUCCUGGCAGCCGCACUCAGCGGGUUCCUGGCCUGGCAGGCCCGGCGCCUGCAGCACCACGUCGUGGUCCUGUACAAACUCCACAGCUCCCAGCGCUACUGUGGCGUCUGCAUCAGCCUCCUCUCUUCUGGGUGCCUCCUGCUACCGAUGCUCUGCAGGGUCCUGAUGCUAACGUUUACUGUGGCCGGGAUCGCAUCCAUAUCCAUCAUCAAUAAACACUUUCUCUCUGCAACAGAGGCCCUCAGGUUUUGGACACCACUGACUAUCUGCUAUACGUUGCUGGUGGUGUACAUGCAAGAGGAGCAGCAUCGACAGCCCACUGGCCAGGCGAUCUUAAACACAGUUGUGGUGCGUCUCGGUGGCCUGAUGGUCCUGAUGCUGACUGUUGGGCGAUGGGCAGACGUGCUGCACAUCUUUGUUUGCUUCCUGGGGGAGGCCAGCUGUCUAAUCCCUACCAUGGAUCUACUGGAUCUGCAUCCUCACAGGUCACUGAGUCAAAGCUCGCAGGGCUGAAAUAGCUGUUAUAAC